AUGGGCGCCCCCCACCGCAACGCCGCCCAUGUGGCGAAGCCGCCCAAGGACAUGAGCCACCACUAUUCCGAUGUGACAAAGGCGAGGGUGCCGAGUAAGAUGAAGGAGUACUACAAGUACUUCCUAAUCCCAGGCAUUGGCAACCUGGCCGGCGGUCUCCCCAACGCUCGCUUCUUCCCCUUCGACACCCUCGAGGCCCAGAUUGCAAAGCCGGACCGAUGGACCCCGUCGCCCAACCGGCCCGGCGCCGAUUCACCCGCCUCCGAGAUGGCCGCCAUGGCCCUUUCCUCACCCUCGGAGCCGAGCGCCGCCUCCCACGUCGUAGUCCCACACGACGCGCAGACCUCCGACCCGACAAAGAAGAUCGACCUGGCCUCCGCCUUGCAGUACGGCCAGGCCACCGGCUACCCACCAUUACUCUCCUUCAUCCGCCAGUUCGCGCGCGAGUGUCUGCACCCGAACGUGCCGUACGCCGGUGGGCCCGAGGUCAUCUUCACCACCGGCUCCACCGACGGCAUGGCAAAAGCCCUAGAACUAUUUACCAACAUCUGGGUGCCCGGCAAGAAUGACGUACGCGAGCGCCCAGGGCUCCUCACCGAGGUCUUCAUGUACUCCAACGUACUGAACCAAGCCAAGCCGCGAGGCGUCCGAACCUGCCCCGUCGAGAUGGAUGAGGAGGGUAUGGCCCCGUUCGGCCCCGGUGGCCUCGAAGACGUGCUGGAGAACUGGGAUGACAGCAAGGGAAAGCGACCCCAUCUGAUGUACACCGUCACAAUGGGCCAUAAUCCGACGAGCGGUGUUCUAUCGCUGAAGCGACGGAAGGAAAUAUACGCCCUAUGCAGUAAGUACGAUGUAAUCAUCGUCGAAGACGACCCGUAUUGGUACCUGCAGUACCCGUCAGCAGAAAUCGAGGAGGCAAAAGCACGGCAUUUACCUAUUCCGGAAGCCCAAGCUGCCAACACUCUUGAGAAGAAGUCUGGCUACCCCUUCAUAGACUCUUUGGUGCCAUCGUUCCUGAGCAUUGAUGUCGACGGCCGAGUCAUCUGUGAGCGCAUCAUGCGCAUCAACGAGUCAGGCACCCAGCAGCCUUCAGGCUUCGUACAGGUCGUCAUCGCUGAGGCUGUUAUGGGUCCUCAACCGGAUGCCUCCGCUGUCUUUGCGUCUCGGUCCAGAAGAGACCAACCGAACUUCAAUGGCUGGAAGAUGGAUGGUUGGGUCCGCUGGCUCGCAGGCCUCCGCGGCCAGUACGAGAGACGCAUGAAAAGAAUGUGCAGCAUCCUGGAGGAUAAUGCCUACCAGCUUAAGCAGUCGACACCAAUGCGCGAGUCCGACGCCGACUGGGGCGUCAUCACCAAGACGAAGCUCUACGACUUCGAGUGGCCGAGAGGCGGCAUGUUCCUGUGGCUGCGAAUGCACUUCGAGUCACACCCGCUGUUUGGCGCGACCGGCUCCAAGGGCAACGUCAUCAAUGGCGUCGCACUCUCGACCGCACUCAUGCUUUUCCUGACCCACAAACCGUACCUUGUCCUCGUUUCUCCGGGCAUGAUGUUCAGCGCCACCGACCAGAUCCGAGGCGAGCGUGGCUGGGCCUACUACCGGCUGUGCUUCGCGGCCGAAACCGAGGAAAAUAUUGACAGCUGUUCACUACGGUUUGCCCAAGGCACCCAGAAGUUCUGGCGCAUUAAGAAGGUGAAGGAGCUCGAGGCUAUCCUCGAGGACCAGAGUGCGAGUGCCGAGGAUGUCGAAGGACUGGUGAACAUGGGCAGCUAUAUGGGCUGUUAG